UAAAUAGUGGAUAUGCAGCUAGGGAAAAAAGUCAUUUUUUAGGAUACUUUCUUAAUAUCCUUGACACAAAAAAAAAAAUCAAGGAGUCUGGAAGUUUAUACAGUUAUCCCAAAGGAAAGCUAAGGAUUAUGAACAAAAUGACUGGGAACAGAUCCAAGAUUCAAACAGGGGCAGAUGGUUGCUAUUGUGCUACAUUUGAAAUCAAAUGUCACAUCGAAUCAAAUCUGGGUGGAAAGCUCCAGAAAAUUAGCCCUGGACCAUGUAUUCAACAAACUGGAAGAAAGUCAAAAACCAAACCUCCACCAAUCAAAAAGCCAGCUCUCGAGAAACCCCAAGUACCUCCUAAACCAGCUCAUCUUAAAGCAGGAAUAUACGACAGGCCUGUGUACAGAAUCCCUCCAGCUCCUUGUCGGCCUUUGCCAUCAGUACCAAAAACUACAAGGCGUCCUGGAAUAAAGGAACGAAACAAAUCGGAGUUAUCGGAUGUUAGCAUUCUUAUUGAGAAGUUUGAAAGCAUAAGACAACCUGUGCAAUUUGUGCAACAGACUCGUUUAAAUAUUAAAAGUCUUAAGAUGGAACAAGGAUCAGGACAAUCAAAAUAUCCACAUUUGUGUGGUAAAAAUGUCAUGGAUAAUGCUGAAAAUGCCACCGCUGAACAUUCUCAUCCAGAUGAUAACGAACGUGCAAUUUCACAAAGUUCAGAGAUACCCAAUUCCGAUGCUCUUAAAUUCCAAGAACUGAGUAUAACGGAUUUUAAAAACUGUGGACAAAGACCCACUGUUAGUCUGAUUGACAAGACCAGUAGACUGAAUGGCAAUGACAUUGUAACUGUAGAUCACAACGAUAAUGGUAAAAUGCCAAACCGAGACAGUGGUAUUGAUAGUCCUUCGUGUAGCGUUGUUGGGGAGGUGUUCUCAAGCGAUGAGGGUGUGGAGCAUAAAAAAAUGACUGUCAGUGCAACUGAAGUGGGCAAUGAUAAUAAGCACAAUCAUUCAUCUGUCGAUCAAAAGAGAGACUCAACCCAAGAUGAGGACAGUGAUCUGGACGAAGGUAGCAGCGAAGAACAGGAAGCAAUAGAAGUGCCAACAACAGAGAGUAUUGAUUCCACAAAGUGUACAGAGCCACAAAAACUAUUUAAUAUUGCCAACGAACUUCUCCAUACCGAGGAAGCAUAUGUUAAGAGACUGCAUCUACUGGAUCAGGUUUUCUGCACAAAACUGGUAGGUGCUGGGAUUCCACAAGAUGUGACUACAGGAAUUUUUUCUAAUAUUUCUUCAAUCUAUUGUUUUCAUGGUCAGUUCCUUCUUCCACAACUCAAAGAUCGAAUAACACAAGAAUGGGAUACCAACCCAAGGAUAGGAGAUAUCCUGCAAAAGCUUGCGCCCUUUUUAAAGAUGUACGGGGAGUACGUAAAAAACUUUGAUAAAGCAAUGGAUAUGGUGAACACUUGGACUCAGCGAUCUGCUACCUUUAAAGAAGUCAUCCAUACAAUUCAGAAAGAGGACGUGUGUGGCAACCUCACUCUACAGCAUCAUAUGCUCGAACCCGUGCAGAGGAUUCCGCGCUAUGAACUGCUGCUCAAAGAUUACUUGAAAAAACUGCCGGAAGACUCUCCAGAUAGGAAGGAUUCAGAAAAAUCCCUGGAGCUCAUUUCUACUGCAGCAAAUCACUCAAACGCAGCCAUUCGAAAGAUGGAAAAGAUGAACAAACUGCUAGAGGUAUAUGAACGUCUUGGAGGAGAAGAAGAUAUAGUAAAUCCAGCUAACGAACUAAUUAAGGAAGGACAUAUACAGAAAUUAUCUGCAAAGAAUGGUACAACUCAAGACAGGUAUUUAUAUUUGUUUAACAGCAUGUUGCUAUAUUGUGUACCUAAACUGAGACUUAUGGGCCAGAAGUUCAGCGUUCGUGAAAAGAUUGACAUAGCAGGAAUUCAGGUCCAAGAUAUAGUCAAGCCAAACACAUCUCGCACAUUUUUGAUAACAGGGAAAACAAGAUCACUGGAACUGCAAGCCAGGACGGAAGAAGAAAAGAAAGACUGGAUUCAGGUUAUUCAAGCCACAUUUGAAAAGCACAAGCAGAACAGUGAAACAUUUAAAGCGUUUAAUAGCUCAUUUUCUCGAGAAGAUGAACAUUGUCCAGACUCACCUCUUGCGACACCAAGCUCAUUUGAGUCAACCCCAGGAUCGGAUAGCUGCAGUUCCCCUGGAGGAGCAGAUACAUCCAGGAAAUCUUCUAAAAUUAAACGUGACAAGGAAAAGCAGAGCUGCAAGUGGUGCGGGGAAAGCUUUAACUCGAUCACAAAAAGGCGACACCAUUGCAAACAAUGUGGGGCUGUUAUUUGUGCAAAGUGUUCCGAGUUUAAGCUUCUGGUAGAAAAUGGUCGCCUUAAUCGUGUUUGUAAAGACUGUUUCCAGUUGAGUUGCACGGGUCCCUGCAGUGCAGGAGGAAUAGAGCUGGCUGGGACAGAACCAAAGAAGAAAGUCACAGCAGAGAAGCAGAAUUCUUUGACGCCGGAGAACAGUGUGUUUAGUAGCAGCCUUCUGUUUCUAGAGAAGGGCAAGGCGUGGCACAAACUGUGGGUUUCCAUACCUAAGAAUGAGCCCCUUGUCAUGCAGCUUCAUGGAUGCAGUCAGGAUUCUCGGACACCACGUACCAUUCCGUUGCCAGGAUAUGAAGUAAGUUUCCCAAGUUCCAGUGACAAGGUGGACUUAAAACAUGUAUUUAAACUCUCGCAAUCACAGCAUACUAUAUUUUUUGGUGCAGAGGAUGAAGAUUUACUAAUGAAAUGGAUGGAUAUUCUCUACAGAGUAUCUAAAGGAGAUACUUCCGAUUUAGCAGAAACAUUUGAAAAUCCUUAGAAAUCUGAGAAUCUUCCCUGCUUUUUGAUUACAGACUAUCAACAUUCACUUGAACCUUUUGAAUUGCGACACGUUGACAUCGCUAUAUCUUGCUGUACAUUGCUUUGUCUGAGUAUCUUUUCAGUCAUUAUUUGUUCAUUGCCAUAUACAUGCUAAGUACUAUGUGCACAGAAACUUACAGUCUUGUCUCUGAGAGAAGGAACAAAAAACUUUUUUUAUGAUAACAAUUCAGAUAUUACAUAUGACGACAUAAUGUUUCUAAGUCUUCUGUUAUAUAUAUAUAUAUAUAAAUGUGUGUAUUUAAAAAAAAUCCAACCUCAAAAGUUGUUUAGUGCAGAUUGUAUAUGUGGUUCGUAAAAUAAAUGCUGCCUUAUAACCUUUUUUGGAGCCCCUGAAAAUGUUAUUCAGUUUUAAUCAAGGCCCUAUUUAAGGUUGGAACUAAACUUGUGGCUGGCCACUGAUAUUUUUUUUUUUUUUGGUUGUCUUUGAAAAUUUGACAUUCUGUGGUAUUUAUAUUCAGUAUCACUCUCCUGAAAAAAAUGUACCAUGAAAGAUAAUAGAACAAAAAAUAUAUAAUUGUAUUAGUGGUGUUUUCAUUGUAAGCAUUAACUGUAUUUUUUCCAUAAGCCACAAAAACCUAAAGAAUACUUUAGUCAAGCACCUUUCGCAUGUUUAAUGAACGUAGACCGGUUUAUAACGUAAGCAUUAAACAACAUUUUUUUAGCACUGAUGGGAACAUUUUUUUAAUUGUUGUUUUGUUUGUUUGUUAAACCCAAUGUACUUGGCGAUUUUAUUUAUGAUUUGUAAAUAAUGUUAUAUAAAUAUUUUGGAAAUGUUUAAAAAAAACACAAAAGCAGCUAAUAAAUUGUUUAGCACAAAGCGACAGCCGUUAUGGAUGAAUUUGUGUAAUUUCUGGUCGAUGUGGUAUAAAAUUGUAUCCUAUUGCCAUUCAGUCUUAUUAAACAAUACUGUCUGUUUACUGGAUAAAACACAUUUACUGUCCAUUUAAAGAUAAUAAAAAUUUCAGAUUGUUUGGCUUCUGUUA